AUGAAAGAUUUCCCCCCAGAGGAGGAGGGCUACUCGCAGCCCCCUGCCUACUCUGGUUAUAGCGCCCCCUCCAGUUACCCCCCUUCCAGCUAUGCUCCGGCCCCCCCAGUCUUCCAGCAGCAGACCAGCAAUAACAAUGUGGUGGUGGUAGGCAACCAGCCCAGUGCCCCUCAGUCAGUGGUGCACGUGAUGGCCCCCCGUGCCUCCUCCUAUAUCUGGUUGACUGCUGUCAUGAUGGUACUCUGCUGUCUCCAUGCCAAUGUCCCUGGUAUCAUCCUCUUCAUAAUACCAGCUCUCAUCUGUGCUUGUGUUGCCCAAGACAACAACAGUGCCGGUGACUAUGAGGGUGCCAGGUCUUGUGGUAUGGCUGCCCUGUGCUGCAACAUUGUGGCCAUGGUCUACUUUGUCCUCCUAGUCCUGGCAGGAGUUGCUGGAGUACUAGUCUACUUCCUCUACAUCGUUCCACAUAUCAAUGACUUCAGCCCUGCAACUAGUGUGUGCGUGUGUGUGUGUGUUUGUUGCUAUGCAGUAGCUGAUGUGAAGAAGCUGAAGAGUGACACUUGUGCCCUAUCCACUGACCACACCCUCUGGCCUACCGUCCUACUCGCUCAAUGGUGGAAGAGGAUCAAAGACAAGCCCUCACUAACUCUCCCCUCCACCUCCACCUGCUACCCCAGGACACUUAUCCACCACAUUGCACAGUUGCCUGAAGGACAAGCUUUUCUCGCUCAAAGAAUCUCAUUUCUCAAAGCCAAGCGCAUAGAGCUUUGCAACACCUCACAAGAGUGGAUUGUCCAUCACAACAUUGCUGCCUGUUACCACAAGUUAGGCCCAGGCCUGGAGCACACAGCCCCGGCACUGUAUCAUGCUAACCAGGCCCUACAGGUUCAGCCGUGUCGCCACAGGUUAGGCUUAGGCCCAGGGUACAGAUACUUAGCCCCAGAACCUCAUUCUGACGGAGCCAUGGAGUUCCUGGACCAGCCCCCUGGUGAUGAGGAAGUGAGGUGGCUUUUGGAACAGCUGGUGAGACAGAGGGACGCUGAAGAGAGGAGGUGUGGUCUGGAGGGGGAACUAAAGCUCAAGGGAAUCCUCACAAUGCCUACACCUGUCGAGGUUGAGCGAAGGUGUGCCAGUGGGCUAAGUGUGGAGGAGUUCUACCGUUGCUAUGCCCUCACUCACACUCCAUUGAUCAUCACUGGCCUCGUGGAUCACAUGACCACGACACCAUGGACACUAGCCUACAUGGAACAGAAACUUGGUGAUAUGGUUGUUCCAGUGAAGCGUAUGGUGGAGGGCAGUGUGGAGUGGGCCAGACUGGAGUCCGUUGGUUUGUGCUCCCUCAGACACUUCAUACACUCUCUGGACAAUGGGAAAGAGAACCGCUACCUGUUUGACUGGAGCCUACCCAUCUACUGCCCGGAGCUAUUAACAGAGCUGAGCAUACCUAAGUAUUUUGCUACUGACUUCCUCCAGCGUACGCCUGAGGGCAGCUUGUACAACGACAGUUGGCCCAGUCUCUUCAUUGCACCUCCUCAAGUGGUCAGUGAGCUACAUGUAGACACAUUUGGUUCUAACUUCUGGAUGGCACUAUUCCAGGGAAGGAAAAGAUGGAUAUUCUUUCCUCCUGAAGACACUCCGCUACUCUACCCAGUAUACGCCCACUCAACAGAUGCUAUAUUCGAGGCCCAGCUCUCGGCCCCGGACCUGACCCUACAUCCACACCUCUCCCUCACACGCCCACGCCACUGCACACUAGAGCCGGGGGAGGUCUUGUACGUACCAGCUGGCUGUCCACAUCGCGUGGAGAACUUGGAGAAAUCUUUAGCCAUCUCGGCAAAUUUCAUUGAUGGUUCAAACUUUGAACUUGCCAAGAAGGAGCUGAGUGCGAUUGCUUACAUUGAUUAUCGUGCUCAGCAGUUAUUGGAAGUGCUGACAAGUACAGAGUGCAGAGUGCAGAGCAUGGUCCUGCAACGGAGGAGACUGUGUCAGAGAUCACUGGAACUGCACACGAGACUAGUACAGAAGAUGUUGAAUUGUGUAUUUCCUGGACUGACUUUAAACACCAAGGACAAUUAACACCCAACAAUGAAUAAUUAUUGUUACUCGCAUUGUUGAUUGUUCAAAUUUAUGGCAGUAACCCUCGAUCCGAGGACGGUUUACAUAUUAUAAAAACAGUGCUUGAUCAAUAAUAAUAUAAAGUUAA